CUUGUAGCAUCAUCCUCUUUAUCAUUAUCAAUGCAACUCAACUCAACUUUUUAUCAUUACUACCUACAAAACUAUAUAAUUGUGAAUUUUUGUGCGAAAGUGAUUAAAACUCUGUUUGUGCGGUUUUAAUUGGUGCUGGAGCCUUCUUUGCCACUCACAAUUCAGUCAAGUUUCAAUUGCCGCUACGUCAACUCGUAAUGUUGUAAUUCUGAGUUAUAUAAUCAGAAUCGAGUUUGAGAAAGUUUGGCUGGAAAUCUUAAGAAAAAUCUUGUGAGGAAACUUCUAAAUCGAGGUCAAUAUGCAGAUAGUAACAGUUGCGACGCUUUUGGCGAUAUUUUCAGUUACCCAGGCAGCUGUGUUUUCUUGGAUGACCGUACCUUUGGUUUUAUUAAGCGUAAAUAAACAAGUUGAAGGCUUCUUUAGUUUAUUUAGAAGGCGUCCAGCUCCUAAAGUACCUAUGCGAAAAGAAGUUCCUGAAGGACCCGUGCAACCUGCUAUGCCCAACUUUCCACAACAAAACUUAAACCUUUUCAACCCCUUCGGAAGCAGUGGUUUUUCUGCACUUCAAAAUAUUCCAAGUUUCUCUAAUCCAUUUCAAGGAAAUAGAUUCGUACCACAACAGCCAAUGAGACAACCUUGGUUUUCUCAAUCUCAGAGUAUUCCUUCACAGAAUCCAGUUCAACCUGCAAAGCAGAGCUUUGCACCUGCAUCUGAUUUUUCAGCACAAAACUUUCAACAGAAUCCGAACUUUGGAUUAGGUCAGUCUUUUGGACAAAGUCAGCAAAGUUUUGAAGCUGCAGAAUCUAAUUUUGGAUCAGAUCAAUCGUUUGGAAGCGACAGAGAUAUGAGAUUUGAUGACACACCACCCCCUAUAAAUGCUGAAGAGGCUGAAAGUUUCUUCACGCUACUUGCUGAAACAGAUGAGAAUAAGUGCAUCUCCAGGUUAGUUUGUGAAAUGGGAGCAGAUCCAACCAAUGCCGGUGAUUUAGGACAAACUGUUACUGAAAUAAUUGGGUCUCUGACAGAUUUUCCUCCUGGUACCAAAGUUUUUGAAUAUAAUGAAAUUCUAAUGAAAGGACGUUCUCAGGGUGCAUCGUCUUGCGUGUCUGAAUUUCCAUCUUGUGAUGAAGAAACUUAUGUUGUCAUGAAAAGUAAUCAACCAGAUGAAGCUGAAUUAGCAGAGGGAGCAAAUUCAAUGCCCGAUAUUGCCUAGUAAUGUUUAAAGCUAAAAUUAGUAUUAAUAAAUUAGUUUUUAUCUCUA